UCUGUGUUUUCCAUAAAUAAUAUGACGCAAUUCGAUUAGUGUUUUGAAAAUUACGCCGCUAAUAAAAAUAGCGAAAAGUGCAUUAACGUGUUAGACGUUCAGAUUUUAUAACAGCAAAAUGAGAAACGUGGUCAAUGAUUACUUCGACGUCGCCGUGGGGAUUGUGAGGAAGGCAGGCAGAUUCAUCACGCAAUAUGGAUCCGGCUGUGAAGAAUUUGAAGUAAAGAGCUGCGACAUUGACUUCGUGACCAAGGUCGAUAAAAUGGUUGAAAAUUUUAUCAUACACAGUAUUUCUAAACAGUACCCUUCUCAUAAAUUUAUCGGAGAAGAGUCCGUGGCGGGCGGGGCCAAAGUGGAUCUCACCGAUGACCCUACCUGGGUGAUCGAUCCCGUAGAUGGGACCAUGAAUUUUGUACAUGGCUUUCCUUUCAGCUGCAUUUCUCUCGCUUUACUUAUUUCUAAGGAGCCGGUGCUCGGAAUAAUCUACAACCCGUUGAUGGACAAGCUGUACUCGGCUAAGGAAGGCCAAGGCGCUUGUUUGAACGGAGAACCAAUACAUACGUCUAAAGUUAAAGAACUUCGUCAUGCGCUGGUCGCUUUCGAAACGGGCACGAGUCGCGACGAGGAAAAGGUUAAAGUUGUAUUUGAGAAUUUCAAAACCAUGGUGGGCCAGGCUCACGGCAUUCGAGCACUGGGCUCUGCAGCCUUGAACAUGGCCAUGGUUGCGGAGGGAAGAGCCGACGCAAACUUUGAGUUCGGUAUUCACAUUUGGGACAUAGCAGCCGGGUGUCUGAUAGUGAAGGAGGCAGGAGGUGUGUGCAUUGACCCCAGCGGCGGGCCCAUCAACUUGCUCUCUCGUCGCAUGCUGUGCGCCGGGCGCGCCGAACUUGCUAAUGAAUUAAGCAAAAAACUAACUCAGUAUUAUCCUGAUCAUGAUUAAGCCAUGUCAACUGAUCACUAAUACUGAUGGAAAUACUAGCAGCUAUGAUUCCAUUUUAUAUGUGUUGUAGUCAUAUGUUGUAAACAAUGUGUAGUACCUAUUUAUACAUUUCUUAAAUCUCUAUCUCCAUAUCUUAAGUUUACUUAAGUUAUUUGUUUUUCUCAGUGUGCUGUCAAAAAAUAAGAAUUUUGAUUUCCAUCUCACGCUCAUGGAGUGUUUUGUCUCCAAAUGAUGUAUGAAUCUCAAGAAGAGCAAACUUAACUACGUAAACUUGAUUUCGUGUAUAAAAAUAAAAUUUAAUUGCCUCCAUAAUUAAGGAAAUUAUGGGACCACUUGUUGAAAAUAAACAAAUGGUCAAAAUAAAAUUUUUAUUUACGACCUCUGACUACACAAGAAAGGUCACAUUUUUUAUUUUAAU